CUGGAAGUGUUGACAAUUCUGAGCCCAAAAAAGAAAUAUUUUCAGAAAUAGAGUCCUUAUCAUAUAUAGUAAUACGUGUUUCUUACUUGAUUCAGCUGUUUCAGUUGACUUGAAUUCAACUCUUUAACCAGAUCGAGAGAGUGUUUUGAUCGGUUCUUGAUUCUGCAACUUUGAAAUUUAUAUAGUAUUCAUAUGCUCCAGAGCUAGAAAUGGUUAUGUUAUACUUAAAUCAACUCUCGACCUGUUUCCUCCUUACCUUAGUCACCACAAUUCCAUCAUCUUACAGCUUUUUGUUUGAAGGUGAGAGUAUAAAUUGUGAAGCUGCUUACAACUGUGGAAAUAUACAUGGUGUUAAGUAUCCUUUCUGGGGAGGUAGUGCGCGACCAAGACCAUGUGGCCGAGACGAUUACUUUCUUGAUUGCAAAGAUAAUCUGUCCUCUUUACCUGUUCCUUUCUUAUCACGAAGAAAAUACGUCGGCUAUCAACCUUCAAAAUUUCGUGUACUUACAAUUAAUGAAUCCUCAACUCGAAUGAGGAUUGUGCAUGAUAAUCUUUGGCUUAACGUUUGUCCAAAAUCUUCUUCUUUGUCCAAUCUCAACAAGUACAACACCACCUUAAUCAACGGUCUCAGGUACAUCCCUGGAACUAGAUUUAUAAACAUAUUCUACGGCUGCAAUCCUGAGGUUCUGUCACAGGUGCAGCUGCCAAGCAAUAUUAAUUGUUCUGUGAUAGGAACAACCAACACUGGUGUUUUCUUUGCUGAUGAAAUUGUUGGAAAUUAUGUUAAAGGAUGUUCUUUCAGUAUUAUGGUUCCUCUUGUUUCUACUGCUUAUACGCAACUGUGGGACGCAACUCUAAAGCUGCAGGAGGCUGUGAAUGAGGGGUUUGAAGUGGAUUAUAGUGAUGCCUCAGGUAGCUGUUUGGCUUGUCAAGAUUCAGGAGGGAUAUGUGAAUUUGAUAACGAGUUUCGUUGUUGUUGUGGAGAUACAACUCUUCCUUUUAUCUGUCCAGUUGAUGAAAAGUUAGUUUUGAUGCAACCAAACACUAAUUUUGCAAGAAAGAUUCAUUUACUCAAGUUGACAACAGGAAUUUCAGUUGCUGGAAUUGGGAUUUUAAUCUUCUUUGGAAUAAUGUACGCACAAUAUAGAAAAUCAUUCAAGAAGUGCAUAAGACUAAUCAACGGCAAAACAGAAGAUCAGAGUCUAGAGGCCUUACUUAAGCAAUAUGGAUCACUGGCAACAAAGAGAUACAGCUAUAGGGAAAUCAAGAAAAUGACACACGGAUUCAACGAUAAGCUUGGUGAAGGAGGUUAUGGAGGGGUUUACAAAGGUAUUCUUGCUAACGGCCGUGUUGUUGCAGUAAAGAUUCUGAAAGCAACUAAAGGUGAUGGAGAAGAAUUUAUCAAUGAGGUUGCAAGCAUCAGUCGAACAUCCCAUGUUAAUGUCGUGUCUCUUUUGGGAUAUUGUGUUGAUGGGAGAAAAAGAGCUCUUAUUUAUGACUUCAUGCCAAAUGGAUCCCUAGAAAAAUACAUAUAUAGUGAUGGCUCUCACUUGGGACUGCAAAGAUUGUAUCAAAUUGCAGUUGGAAUUGCAAAAGGAUUGGAAUAUCUGCACCGGGGAUGCAACACAAGAAUUUUGCAUUUUGACAUAAAGCCUCACAAUAUACUCCUUGAUGAGGAAUUCUGUCCUAAAAUAUCAGAUUUUGGUUUGGCUAAACUCUGCACAAGGAAAGAAAGCAUUGUAUCUAUGUUAGGAGCACGAGGGACGAUUGGUUAUAUUGCUCCUGAAGUAGUCAGUAGGAGUUUCGGAGGAGUCUCACACAAGUCUGAUGUCUAUAGUUAUGGAAUGAUGGUUCUAGAAAUGGUCGGAGGAAGAAAAAAUGUGAAAGAAGACGUAAGCCAUACAAGUGAGAUAUAUUUUCCUUACUGGGCGUAUCAGCACGUUCAGCUAGACGAUGAGCUGAAACUUCAAGGGAUUAUAAACAAAGAAGAAGAAGAAACUGCAAGGAAGAUGAUAUUAGUAGGUUUGUGGUGCAUACAAACCGAUCCAGCAGUAAGGCCAUCGAUGAGCAAAGUUAUUGACAUGUUAGAAGGUAACUUGACAUUAGAAGUACCACCAAAACCUUUAUUAUGUACUCCUUAUUGUUCAGGAAGACAUUCUUUGAGCGCGCAAGGAAUGCCCCUUAAAGCCUUCUUGAUUUCUCCUUCAAGUUCAGCUCUUAGUUCUUCUGAAGCAUCUACUAUUUUAUAGUCCUUCAUAUAUUUUCAUGGCUGCCAAUGAAGAAACUUUCUACAAGAGUUCUAAUGAACUUCAAUUUGUGUCUGUAAUUAUGAGUUUUUGACUUGAAUAAUCCACCGUGAAAUAUAUGUAUUUCAGUAUAUUGUA